AAAACUACUCGACAUUACCAGUUGAUAAAAAACUACAAAGUUAAGAAGCCAAGGUGAACGUAGGUUACUUCUCAGAAUUACGUUCAAAAAUUGAAAUCGGUAUAGGACAAAUUUUUUCGACUUUAUUGACAGGCGAGUCAAACAAAAAUACGUCAGUUUUUUUGAGUAAGUGGUUUGAAAAUCAUCACCAACUUGAACACGUAAACAAACAAUACGAUGGAUUUCUUCAGCGGUCUCUUCAGCGGUGUUUGUCCAGCUCUAAAUAGUAUAUCUCAACUUCAACUAUUCAACGUAACCUUACCGUCAAUAAUACUGACCCCUUUGAUUCUUUUGAAUUGCGACCUCGUGGGAAAAUACCCAAAGGACCAAAGCACAACCGUGCUCAACGGUGCAAACAAGAAAUAUGAUUUCAUUAUCAUAGGGGCUGGCUCGGCAGGAUCCGUUAUAGCCAACCGUCUAAGUGAAAAAUGGACAGUUCUACUCAUCGAGGCAGGAGAAGAUCCGCCGAUCAAUUCAGAUAUACCUGGUUUAGCACCAACCUUAUUCAACUCACCUCAAGAUUGGAAGUACCUCACCGAGCCUUCGGAUAAUACUUGCCUAGGCUACGUUAACAAUCAAUGUUCUUGGCCCAGGGGUAAGGUUCUGGGGGGCAGUAGUUCAACAAAUUUUAUGUUAGCUUUACGAGGCAAUGCAAAAGAUUACGACAAUUGGGAAUCUAUGGGUAAUCCUGGAUGGGCUUAUAAAGACGUAUUGAAAUAUUUCAAGAAGCUGGAAAAAGUACGAGAUCCGAGAUUAGGAAACAGAAAUUUACACGGAUACGAUGGGAACAUAUACAUAGAAGAUUUCACAAAUAAUACCAUCUAUAAUAACGAAUUAAUUCAAAAUUACAUAGCAUGGUACUCUAUCGCAGCCGGAUACCAUAUUGUUGAAGAUAUCACUACCCAAAUGCAAACAGGAGUAACUAUUGCACCUGGUACAAUACGCGAUGAAGUUAGAUGGAGCACUGCCAAAGGAUACCUUCAACCUGCUCGAGAUAGGCCAAAUUUAAUCGUCAUAAAAGGAGUUCAAGCUACUAAAAUAUUAAUCGAUAAGAAUAAUAAAGCAUACGGAGUUGAAGUUUCCAAAAAUGGGCAAAAAAAAGAGCUAUAUUGCAAUAAAGAAGUUAUCGUAUCAGCAGGAUCCAUUAAUUCGCCUCAACUAUUGAUGCUUUCUGGGAUCGGACCUCGAGCUUCCUUGACUAAAUUAGGCAUCCCGGUGAUAAAAGAUGCAUGCGUAGGAUGUAAUUUACAAGAUCAUUUUAUAUCAUUUGGUCCAUAUGCUCAUGUAAACAUAUUCAGGUACAAGUUCAGUACGCCUGUAGCCACAUUUAUUCCUCGGUACUUGUUGAACAGAACUGACUCCGGUUUCAUACCGAAUACCAUGUUAUUUUUCAACACUACAGGCUAUGAUGCCAAUUAUCCAAAUAUCCAAACUUAUCACAACAUGCUACCGAAAAUCAAUCUUCCUCUGUUCUUUCCAUUCCCAAUAGGGUUUUUCAAAGCCGAAGUGACCAAUGAAUUUCUCAAUAAAGCAGAGCAAAAUCCCUUGUUGCUCAUGUAUCCAGCACUACUGCGACCCAAAAGCAGAGGAAGUGUCUCACUUAAGAGCACCAAUCCUAUGGAACACCCUGAAAUAGUUAGCGGAUACCUCACAGAAAGAGAGGACGUUGGUGCAAUGAUUGAGGCAUUCCGUACACUGGAAAGAAAUUCUCAAACACCCCAGUUCAAGCAAUAUGGCACGUUUGGUUACCUAGAUAUACCAUCUUGUGCAUCACAAGGACCAUACUCCGACAAAUACUUGGAAUGCUUACUACGUACUUUGGGUACCACUAUUUAUCAUCCUGUUGGAACGUGUAAAAUGGGACCAUCUAAAGAUUCAGAAGCUGUUGUUAACCCUAGGCUGAAAGUUUAUGGAAUUGAUGGACUUAGGGUAGCUGAUGCGUCUAUAAUGCCUACAAUUCCCAGUGGUAAUACCAACCUUCCUAGCAUUAUGAUCGGAGAAAAAGCUGCUGCUAUGAUAAUAGAAGAUAAUGAAUAGUCAUUUUAAAGUUUUUUGGCUACUUUAAAAAUGAAUUAACCCUUGAGUUCUUGAAAUCGUUUGCUGGAUACAAUUUCAAUAUUUUCAUAUUUCUGAUCCAUUACGAAUCAUCUCACGGCGAAAAUUUUCAGUUUACACAAAAUCUGUUUUGGGAAAAAAAGACUCCGAAAAUCGUUUUUUAAAAUAACGAAAAAUGAAAAAAAAAUAUACAAAGUCCAAAAAUUUUUUUGGAAUUGCUUUAAAAAAAUGUGUUUUAAGAAAAAUAUCAAAAAAUGGAACAAGCUUUCAGAUUAGUUUAAAGCUUCAUUAAGUAGUUGUUUUCAAUUCGGAAUUUUAAAAAGAACCUGGGUACCUACAAAGGAAUUUGAAAAAAAAUUCAAUUUAUUUUCAAUAUGGCAAUUUGGACACAGGAGACUUUGUCAAGGAAUAUGAAAAUAAUGAAAUUUCAUCCUUCAGAUUAUAUCCCCUGAUCUCAAAAAGAAUCUCCAAAUCGACAUUCUAUGAUUUCGAAAAUGUUUAAAAUUUAGUAACUUUAGAUUUCAAAUUGUUUGUACAAGCCCAUCAAUUUUCUGACUUCUGGGUUUGUUCUGUAAACUUGAAUCAAACUCGCAAAAUUCAGAAAUUUCGAAUUCACAACGUCGUUGUCUACUUUCAGCAACAUGUAAAAAACUUUGAUUAGUAAAAUUUCUCAUUUUUAUUCACUGUGGUGCCAAUUAGUAAACUGAUGCAAAAAGAUUUUCAAAUUUUGCUCAUGUUUUACAACCUCAAAUAAGUAAGGUGCUCAGUAUAGGCAACCGUGUGACGGUGUGAAUUCGAAGUUGGAUAACGUAAGAAACGUGGGUGAUAUUCGUAACCUUCAACUGAAAUUCUAUACGAUAAGCAAUAGCCAUCAAUAAACAAACAUUCUACAUAAAAAAUAUUUUUUAAAAGCUCUUUUCAUGAAAAUUUUCUCCAUUGACGUACUUCAACUGUUCUUUUUUUUAAAGUCUUGGAAUCACUAUUCAAAAUUAUUUUCAUUAAAAAAUGAAAUGUUUUACACGUGGUAAAUUUUCAAGUACAUAGAAAUAUGUAUAGGUAACUUACUUGUGUAUACCUUAGGUACACCAGAAUUUCUUUCAAUGUACAUACAAAUUUCUAGGAAAAAUCCUUUCAAUUAAUGCUGAGAAAUCACCUAUCUAAGUAUUUUUAAAUCUGCUGUAACUAUGUACAUUGUACGAUAAAUAAAUUGCAUAAGAUCAUCGUU